CAUUUCCCUACCAAAUCCCAGCUUUCCGACAUGGCAUCUCCUCCAUCCAAUGACUCCCUUCCUCAUCCGAACUCUAUUGAAGGCUCUCGAUUUUGGGCAGUAUUAAUCGGCAUCGAUGCGUAUCCAUCUUCGCCAUUGAAUGGAUGUGUUUCGGAUGCACUUGCGAUGAAGGAAUACAUAACUAACGACUUAGGCGUUCCAGAAGAUCAUAUUCAAUGCCUUCUCAGUGCCAGCUACCAGCCAUCCUCCCAGUCGGAUGACAAUGACACCCCCCUUGUCGACAAUGGCGUCCAUAGCCACCCUGGUGUCCAAUCUGGAGCAAUAUCCGUUGACGAUUCCUCCAACCCCACCCGCACGAAUAUCGUCGAAACACUUCUCGGUCUAUCUACUAGCCCUCUGAUACAGAAAGACGACAUCAUAAUCAUCUACUUUGCCGGACAUGGCUCAAUCUACCUCUGUUCAGAUUAUCACCAGUUGAAGCCCAAUCAGACCGUUAGAUCCAUUUCAUCUCGUGGAUCUAUUGAGGCUCUAUGUCCCGUCGACCGCAACAGCUCUACCAAUAAUGGUGCCGCCAUCCCUGACAUCAGCGACCGGGAGAUAAAUAUCAUUCUCUCUGAAAUCUCUCGCAAUAAGGGGCACCGUAUUACCUUCAUUGCUGACUGCUGUCAUUCAUCAGGUGUCACUAGAGAUGUGACUACACCAUUCAAUGUUCGCCGUGCCAAACCGCUCCCGCCUACUUCAAUUCAAGUCAUGCUCCAAGCCGCGCACGCUAGGCUCAAAGAAUUGAGCAGCUAUCGGUCCGUAUUUGAAGGAAACUGGAAUCCCGAUAAGGAGUCCCAUGUCGUUCUGGCUGCAUGUGCAGAGUUUCAGCAUGCGAAGGAGGAUAAGGGAGCGAGUGGUUGGAAUGGAGUGUUCACACAGGCACUUAUUAAUGCUCUCAAAUCAAAGGAUUUGAAAGAACAGGCGACAUAUACUGACCUCAUCCUGGCAUUGGAGAUGCCUUCGAACAUUGGGCAGACACCGGUCGUUGCUGGGAUGCAUAUGAAUGCACGACUUUGGUACCAGGAUUACACCGAUAGCUUCUACAAUCGAGGAUGCCAUAUACUAUGAUGAGUAUGUAUCCCAUCAUCAAAUACCUGUCGUUUGGAGAACCGAUGGGUGAAUAUACCUUUGCAUAAUGUUCUACGGCGGGAGAGGCUGUAAAAGCAAUCCUAUAUUCAAAUGCACCAUUCGUAGCUUUGUUCAAUCCUGGCGCCAUAUUUUCUUUGCUUAAUUAUUGAAUAUACCCUGUCGAGUUUUCACUCAAAACGCAAAGAAGACUGUUUCGAGUGUAUGUGUAGUCCCUUGG